AUGAUGUUGGCCUCAAGAUUUUCCAGAGCUCUUCCUCGAGCAACUCCCGUAGCUGCGCGAUGGGCUGCGCCUAUGCGAAAGCCUUUAGGAUCUAGCUUCGCUCGAUAUGAGUCGACGGAAGGAAAAGUUCAAGGUGCCGUCAUUGGUAUCGAUCUUGGUACCACAAACUCGGCGGUUGCUAUUAUGGAGGGCAAGGUGCCCAGGAUAAUUGAGAACGCAGAAGGUGCUCGAACAACACCCUCUGUUGUUGCUUUCGCACAAGACGGCGAACGAUUAGUUGGUGUCGCUGCUAAGCGACAGGCUGUCGUCAACCCUGAAAACACACUCUUUGCCACUAAGCGAUUAAUCGGACGAAAGUUCACUGAUCCCGAGGUUCAAAGAGAUAUCAAGGAGGUUCCUUACAAGAUUGUUCAACACUCCAAUGGCGAUGCUUGGGUUGAGGCUCGAGGCCAGAAAUACUCUCCGUCGCAGAUUGGUGGCUUUGUCCUUAACAAGAUGAAGGAAACUGCUGAAGCCUACUUGGGCAAGCCGGCCAAGAACGCUGUCGUUACUGUGCCCGCUUACUUCAACGAUUCGCAGCGUCAAGCCACCAAGGAUGCCGGUCAGAUUGCUGGUCUUAAUGUUCUCCGAGUUGUCAACGAACCUACUGCCGCUGCUCUAGCUUACGGUCUAGAAAAGGAGGCCGACAGAGUUGUUGCUGUGUAUGAUCUUGGCGGUGGUACUUUCGAUAUCUCGGUUUUGGAGAUCCAGAACGGUGUUUUCGAGGUCAAGUCGACAAACGGUGACACUCACUUGGGUGGUGAAGAUUUCGAUAUUCACCUAGUCCGCCACAUCGUACAGCAAUUCAAGAGCGACUCCGGUAUUGACUUGUCCAACGACCGAAUGGCGAUCCAGCGAAUCCGAGAAGCUGCUGAAAAGGCCAAGAUUGAGCUGUCUUCGUCUCUCCAGACCGAUAUCAGCCUACCCUUCAUCACUGCCGAUGCUUCCGGCCCCAAGCACAUUAACACCAAGAUGACUCGGUCCCAGCUUGAGAGCAUGAUGGACCCCUUAAUCAAGAAGACCACCGAACCCGUGCGCAAAGCCCUUAAAGAUGCUGGUCUACAGGCCAAGGAUAUCCAGGAGGUUAUCCUUGUCGGUGGUAUGACUCGCAUGCCCAAGGUUGCCGAGUCGGUUAAGAGCAUCUUUGGUCGUGACCCCGCCAAGUCUGUCAACCCUGACGAGGCCGUUGCCAUUGGUGCUGCUAUCCAGGGUGCUGUUCUGUCUGGUGAGGUCAAGGAUCUUCUACUUCUGGAUGUCACACCUCUUUCCCUCGGUAUCGAGACCCUCGGUGGUGUGUUCACCCGAUUAAUCAACCGAAACACUACUAUCCCUACCAAGAAGUCCCAGGUCUUCUCCACUGCUGCCGACUUCCAGACUGCUGUCGAGAUCAAGGUGUACCAGGGCGAGCGUGAAUUGGUUAAGGACAACAAGCUUCUUGGUAACUUCCAGCUAGUUGGCAUUCCCCCGGCACAUCGUGGUGUUCCUCAAGUUGAGGUCACAUUCGACAUUGACGCCGACUCCAUUGUCCACGUUCACGCCAAGGACAAGAGCACCAAUAAGGACCAGUCCAUCACCAUCGCGUCAGGCUCUGGUCUGUCUGACUCUGAGAUCGAGCAGAUGGUCCAGGACUCUGAGAAGUACGCCGAGGAAGACAAGGAACGCAAGUCCGCUAUCGAGUCUGCCAACCGUGCCGAUAGCGUCCUCAACGACACCGAGAAGGCCCUCAACGAGUUUGCCGACAGACUUGACAAGACCGAGGCCGACGGAAUCCGGGAGAAGAUCACUGCUCUACGGGAAUUCGUGAGCAAGAGCCAGUCUGGCGAGGGUACCGCUACCGCCGCCGAGAUUAAGGAGAAGACCGACGAGCUGCAGAUGGCUAGCUUGAACCUCUUCGACAAGAUGCACAAGGCCCGCGCUGAGUCCGGCGAGUCCGGCAGCUCCGAGGCUGGUUCUUCGGAGGCCAAGCCUGAGGAUGAGAAGAAGCCUUAA